UUUAUUAAUUAUAAAUCAUAUUUCAUAAUAACAUAAGUUAAAAUGCGAGGUGUGUCAGAGCUUUUGGUGUACUGCAUUGUUGUGUACAGACACUUAUUGUAUUAAGCAGUAAUUUGUAGUAUAAUAAUAUGAUGAUUAACCCGUUGCUCGCUUUACUAUUAUAGCCUUAUAUCGCUUGGGUUAUAGUGGUUAUACAGUAUGUCCCAUAGGUCCCGUAUCACCCUUAAUAAGUAUAAAUAUAAUAAGUAAUAACUCACAUUUUAGUGCUUGAGUUUGAUUAUCAUUUUGUAUAGGUACUAUUGGAUUAUUGGAAUUUAUUGUUUAGAAUGCCUAUUUAUAUGUACAUGCCUUUACUAUUUGCCCUACAAUAUGAUUAUCAAAAUCCCAGCCCUAAUAAUGGCGAUUGACGCAUUUUACAAUUUACGAUACGAAUUAUUUUCAAUAUUUAGCAGUAAGUCGUGUAUAGACUAUGCGGGCAUCAACCAUAAUAUUUCCAAAUUCUUAAUAAAUCAAUAUUCAAUAUUAUAUUUAUAAUAAAAUGUAGCGUUUUCAAUAAUUUUACUCUGUAAUGCUGUGAUAUACGUACGAUAUUAUUAAUCUUACUAGUAAAAAACAAGACCAAUGGCGAGGAAUCUAUCCCCCCAUAUCCCCUUGUAAAUACGCCACUGAUUGUAACGUCAACUGCGCAGACUAACAAUAUCAUACCUACUUGGACUAGUCAGACCCUAUUAUAUCGACAACGAUUUUUUUAUAUGGGUAUAAGUAGGUACAACAAUUUAAUAAUAUACAAAGUCAGGGCCGCUCUACAGCGUUACACGACAUUUAUCGAAUCGUUAAAAUCUGUUAAAUCCUUAUCGAUUUACAGAAUUCAUCUACAGUGAGCAAUCUAUAGUAUUUCAUAAUCAAUGCUAUUAGGUAGGUAUUACGAUAUUUUCAAUCGAUAAUUCAAUCGAUUUCUUAUCAGGCUUCCUUUUCGUUACUUGGCCGUUCCCGACCAUGUUUGUAUACGAUUACAAAUUCUUUUCUCGUUAAUUAUUAAUUGUCUUUCGUUCGAUUUUAUUUUUCAGUCAACUGUAUUUUAUUUCAUCCGUACCAAACAGUAGCUGAUCGGGUUAGCGGAUACAUUCUUCUCACUUACCAGACUGUGUAAAAGUGUAUAAUAUAAAGCCAACCAUUGGAUAUUGUAUUCAGUCUUGGAUAUAAAAAAAGGAUCACCAAUUUUUAUCUUUGUUGUAGAAUUUAUAAUCUGAACAAUGAAUCCUAAUAAUCAUCAGAAAACUCUAAAAAUUAUUGAGCAACUUUUAAUGUGUACACCUUAUGUUUUUGUCAAACGUUUAACAGAAGAAGACAUUCAUGUUAUGACAACGAAAGAUUCAAUCAAAACGGAACAUAUGAAAAAAUGUCUUGAUUCAGAUGUUAUGACUAAUAACAAAAUGGAAAAAGAAUCAUUUAGAAAACCUACUGUAUCUUCUUCUAACAUUUCAGGCAACGAAAAAUUUCAGAAAUCAAAUCAAACAAAUGUAAAUCUAAAAAAGAAAUCACUGGCGAAUUCUACUGCACCUUGUUUAUCCUCUUCAAGUUCUAAAAUAAUACAAAAACCAAAGUUAAAUAAUAUUAAAAUGGAAACCGAAACAUCAUAUAGUCAUACUAUAUCUUCUUCGUCCUCUUUAGGGUUUCAGAGAGCAAAAAAAUCGAUAAAACGAAAGUUAAGUAACGAACAAUCAUAUAGCCAUACCAUAUCUUCUUCGUCCUCUACAGGUUUUCAGACCGCGAAAAAAUCAAAAAAACGAAAGUUAAGUAACGAACAACCAUAUACCCAUACCAUAUCUUCUACGCCCUCUUCGGGUAUUCAGAGCUCAAAACAAUCAAUGCAACGAAAGUUAAGUAAUGUUAAAUUAAAAAAUGAAUCAUCUACUUGCCUUCAAUUCAAUGGCCCCUUUAAAAACAUUUCCAAAGAUCGUCUAUCUUCAGAAGAUUUGAGCGGAAAAAUACAACUUCGACACCCAAAAGACAUAUUAAAACCUUCAUUGUAUGAUAUGUAUAAAAUUAACUUUCAAAAAUACAGAAUUACUAAAUGUUCUAUCAAGAACAGAACAGCUAUGUUAAAUUCGAAUGAUAAAAUAGAUUUACAAUUGUAUGACUUUACACUUUUAUUUGACAAAUAUUUUGGUAUACCUCUUCAAAAGACGAUAGUAAUAAUUGCAAAUAUAGCAAAUGCAAGUUUACUAUUGGAAAACUUCUACAGUGAAAAAAAGGCUUUAUUCCGAAUGAAAAUUUUCAAUUUUGAAUUAUUACAGGAUCAUAAAAUCGUCCUUGUAUCAACACUACAAAACUGUCUUGUGUCUAUCUUAUUUUCAAUCGAUGAAUAUGAUGUUUACAACAUGGCCCUGAUCUUAUUUAUGUGCAUGUUAUCUAUCAUUCCAUCGUUGCGUGAUUUGGAUUGGAAUGAUACCUUUAAAGAUCUUGUACAGUUGUUUUGUAAAAAUCUCGAGCAAAGCCAACCAAGAUUCCUUAAGUUCAUUAAUUGUAUAGAAAGCCACACAUUUCAAUCAGACUGUAAUUACUUGAUUAAAUUAUUUGAUGUUGCUGCUCGUCUCGAUUGUACCAUGAGAAGUCGUAUGAAAAUAUUUUUUAAGCCAAAAAACAAAUUAAUAGAUUAUUUCAAACGUGUAAAUCGUGCUGUUCGUCGAAAUUCGAAUGAUAAGGGGUUUUUUGAAAGACUGGUACACGAAUCUUUAAGAAAUUUAUGUGAAAGUUACAAGUUUAAAGAAUCACAGGGUAUUUUUUUGAAAAACAACGCUCCAACAAUUUCAGAAAAUACUACAAACGAUGAAAAUAAGAAACCUGCAUAUCUUAGAAGAUCGAAUAAGAAUACAACUUCAAAAAAUACCACAAAUGCAAAUUUGGAAACGAGUUUGGAAAAUAGUGCUUCAAAUAUUACUAACGUGUGAUGCAGACAAUUGUAACGAUAUGUACCACAUAAAUGUGGUCUAGUUAAGAACCGCAUUUAAACUAUACAUUAAGGAGAACGUGUUUUCGUACUCAAAUCAGUAAGUUAUCAAAAUAUAAUAUUAUAUUAUAGCUAGAUUUAUAUCGCACUAAUGAAGCUGAAAGCUUAAAAACCAGAUAAAAAUAAAUUUACUAUACCUAACCAACUCAAAAACAAACCAACUGUUUCUUAUAAAAAUGCUAUUAAAACAUUCUUAAUUAUAUAAUAAUAUGUACAAUAAUAUUAUUAUGUACCAACACAUAAUGUAUAUUAAAUUCAUACAAUUUCUAUCAAUAUAUUUUAUUUGUAUAAAAAUAUGAAAUAAACAUUGAGUUAAUAUUAUAAGAAUAUUUGAUUAUAUUUUUGUACCUAAUUAUUUUUUAUAAUUAACACUAUAUACCUACUUAAUGUAUACUUUUGAUUGAUAUACAUGGUACACGUCUUGUAAAAUAUGUGUACAAUUGUUUUUUUAAUAGAGAUUAAAAACAAAAAUAUUGGUUAAUUUUAGUAUUUUUAGAGACACAUUUUACACAAUUACCUAACAUAUCGAUGAACCAUUAUUCAAACACUGUGGCGUUCAUCUGUGAAUGGUACUCUGCUGAACUACCAGAUUUGUACCGAAAUACCAGUUUGGAAUUUUUUACAAAACCAAAUGACGGUGACCCGGCAUGGCACACAAUGAGCAUACCGCUCUUCCCUAUGGGUACCUUGAGUCCUUCGGUAUUGUCUGCGUUUUGCUAAAUGUACCCGCGUGUAUGGUUUUGGUUUACCCACGUCUCAUCCAAGUAAACAACUGGCCUUGAAUCAUUGUUACGUCGAAAUUCGUUGAUUUUUCUUAAAAAUUUUACUCGAGCAGCAUAUAUGUCAUUUUGCUUCAUUAAAAAUUUACGUCCAUCAUUACAUCUUUUAUAUUUAAAAUCUAAAUUUUUAAAAGGACUUUCAUGGACGAUUUUGAACCCAGAUAAUUGAUUUUUUCACUCAUUGCUGCCAAUAUUUUUGAUUUUUUUUUUUUUUUUGGAAAUUGACAAUUGUCGUAAAAACUAUGAACGGUUCUUCUUACAACUUCGUUGUCAAAAUCAUCUAGAUCAGUAGCAUACUUUAGCCGUUUAUAAGUUUUUUUUGGCGACUUGAACAAUGUAAUUAUGGGUUUGUCUUCUAUUUUUUUUCCUUCUGCACAAAUUCGCUUGACACUUGCAACGCUAACAAGUAACACCACAUGCUUCGGUAGUUACUUCCCGAGUUUUACGGAAAAAAUGAGCAAAUUCGGGAAAAUUUUUGUCAUUAACCAAUACUUUUAAGCAACUGUAAACACUAUAAAUUACUUUUUUAGUUUGGGAAUGAAUAUUCUGUCGAGAUUCCAUUAUAAAAAUAUUGUUAUAAAUUUAUAACAAAAAUAAAACACUUUUUAAAAAAAAAAAUGCGAACAAAAAAAUACUUAUAGUACAGGCAACUCGAUGAAACGUACACACAGUCACAAGUAAACGGUUGUGGAAGUACUAGCUGCCGGCGUAUUACGACUACGCUGUAGUACAUUUCACGUAAGGGAUUCGAAAAAUUGUAAAAUAUCAUGUAGGGACAAACGACAUCUGACUUUUUAAAUAGCGCGCUAAUAGUGUCUAACGGAGAACCCCUAGUUACGCUAAAAUUCGCCACUAGUAUAACGCCACCAUUGCGGCUCAUUUUUCGCUGGCCGUACUAUAGUAUGUUUCAGGUUACUACAACUAAGUAGUAAUUUUUAAAACACAUCAUUGUAAAAUCAAUACAUUCCUUUUCUGUUUAGAAUCUAAGAAUAUUUAUGAAUUGUUUAAAAUAAUUAUAUUUAUAAUUUUUAUAAGAAGUUAUAUACUGAAAUUAAUCUAUGUAUCUGCUAAAAAACUUUAGUAUGUCUUAAGAAUCAAUU